AUGUUCAAGUAUAUCCCUGCCAGGUCUAUCCUCCCAUAUAGAACCUCAAUCCGUACUGCCGUCACCUCCAAAGACUUGAAAACCCACCUUCAAAAAGAAAAAGACAAGGAGAAAAAGAGAAAGUUGAGACAAGAACUAAAAUUCAAUGCGUUAGAUAACCCCAUCGACCACCCAUUACACAUGCCAAUCGCCAAGGCAUUAAACAUCUUGCGGUCCCUCGAAGUCGGCAAGCCUGCUGAUAAAACUACCAUUUCAUGCAACAUAUACGUGCGUCAGGAACAAGGGGCUGCACCAAUCCUGGGAAAAGUCGAUAUCCCAUUCCCCGUGCAAAGAAAAACCAAACCAGUCGUCUUCACCACCCAGCAGCCAGUGAUCGAAGAGUUGAAAAAAGCCGGAAUAGAAACUUUUGGCGGCAGAGAGUUGCUCGACAAGUUUAUCAACCAGGAAUUGACCCCAGAUAUGUUCACCCACGCAUUUGCCACUCAAGAAAUGGCACCACAUUUGAAAUCUGUCGCCAGAAUCUUAGGUCGAGCUGGUUUACAGCCAACUGCCAAAAAGGGGACUAUAACAGACGACGUAAACACCAUCCUCGACGUCAUGAGAUCGUUCCAGAUCAAACAAAAGGAAAACCACAUCUCCUUCCCCGUGGGUAACUGCACAUUUAGCGACUCGCAAAUCAUGUCCAACUUGAAAGCCAUCUCCGACGAAAUCCAUUCCAAAAUCGACGCCAACACUACAAAAAAGACCCGUUUGGGCUACUGCUACAUUGGAACUGCCAACAGUCCAGGCCUCGUCAUAGACUUUAAAUAG